UGUGAAGUAAAACAAGUAUGAGCAAGUCUGGGGGACUGUUACCAGUUUUAAUUAGCAGAAGGAAAAAAAUACUUAAUUUUUUGAAAAAUAACCCGCGGGUGAAGUGUUCCUUUUGCAUGCAGAUCUAGUUUUUCAGGAUGGUUUUCUUUUCGUCUGCUCUUGCACAUUUUGCACAUUCUUUCCGUUUUGAAUUCUAUAAAGUGCAAAACAAUACUAUGCAGAUUGUUUUUUUAACACUUUGUCACCUACAUUACUGCCACCCACAGGGCUGCAGUGGAACAUUGUUGUUGAUAGCUUUGAGUUUGUGACCUAGUUCUUUUUUUUGUUGUUGUGGAUGCUCCAGGUUAAAUCUCCAAAUGAUUCCAGAGCGCGGCACAUGCUGCUGCUCACUGCUCCCCUCAUCUCUCGGGGUGAACAUGGGGAUGGGUCAGAGGCAGGGGACACAUUUCACCACACCCGGUGUGUGUGUGUGUGUGUGUGUGUGUGUGUGUGUGUGUGUGUGUGUGUGACGAUCGUUGGGACUUUAACUUAACUUAAAUCAACUGAUUCUUCUAUGUGACUUAAAUUAACUGAUUCUUCUAUGUGGUGUGAAUCAGUAUGCAAUGGAGACAAAUGUAUUCCCCUGUCCUAGGUCGUGUGGCUUGUAGUCUCUCGCUCAGGUGACCACUGGCGGCCUUUCUGGGGAUAACAGUGCUCAGCUGGGCUAUAUGUGGCCUCAGUUAAUCCCCAAGACGAACGCUGCCGACGUUCUUUCCUGAUUAUCAGUGAAAGUCCUCCACUGAGACACUAAAGCUGUCCCAACUUCCCGAUCAAGCACACCGGCCACAUGAUGCCCACCUACAACCCUGACUAGUGUUGAUGUUUGCCCUUGAACUUGCGCCCUUUCUGAAGGCCGUCAGCCAGGGCCAUCAUGAGCACCGACUCCGAACACCACGGCGAGCUGUCCGACCAAGUGGCGGCCAUGAACGUGGCCUCCAACUCCGCCACCACGCCCAAUGGCUAUCGGCCCACGGCCUUUCACCGAGCUCGGCUUUCCGACAGGAAAAUGUCCCUGCAGGAGCGAGGGAGCCGCAUCAGCCGGCAGCCGACCAUCGAGACCAAACGGGUGUCCAUCACGGAUGCUGAGGAUUGUGUCCAGCUCAACCAGUACAAGCUGAAGAAAGAGAUUGGAAAGGGUUCUUACGGAGUGGUGAAACUGGCUUAUAAUGAAGACUCUGAACAGUAUUACGCAAUGAAGGUCGUGUCAAAGAAGAGGCUUAUGAAGCAGUAUGGAUUUCUGCGUCGUCUGCCCCCUCAGGGCGCAGACUCCCAGCAGCAGGAGGGGGCAUUCCCUAAAGCGGUAAUGCCUCUGGAGAAAAUCUACCAGGAGAUCGCCAUCCUGAAGAAGCUUUACCACCCUAAUGUUGUCAAUCUGGUUGAGGUGCUUGAUGAUCCUGAUGAAGAUGGCCUUCACAUGGCCUUCGAACUGAUGACAAAAGGUCCAGUAAUGGAAGUGCCCACAGAUGAUCCCUUGACAGAGGAGCAAGCUCGCUUUUACUUCAGAGAUGUUGUCCUGGGCACAGAGUAUUUGCACUACAACAGGAUUAUCCAUAGAGACAUCAAACCUUCCAAUCUGCUGCUGGGGGACGACGGCCAUGUCAAGAUUGCCGACUUUGGUGUGAGCAACGAGUUUGAAGGCACCGACGCCCUGCUGUCCAGCUCGGCAGGGACGCCAGCCUUCAUGGCGCCGGAGACAAUGACAGACCAAGAGCAGGGCUUCAGCGGAAAGGCUUUAGACGUGUGGGCGAUGGGAGUUACGCUCUACUGUUUUGUCUACGGGAAGUGCCCUUUUUAUGACGAGUACAUUGUCUCCCUGCACAACAAGAUCAAGAACAAACCUGUGGAAUUUCCAGAAAACCCCUCGGUUAGUGUUGAACUAAAGCAUCUCAUUGAGAAAAUGUUGGACAAGAACCCUGAAACCAGAAUCACCAUUCCUGAGAUCAAGCUCAACCCGUGGGUGACUGAGGGCGGCGACAGCCCUCUGCCCCUGGAGGAGGAGCAUUGCACGGCGGUGAAUGUCACAGAGGAGGAGGUGCAGAACAGCGUCACACUCAUCCCCAGCCUCUCCGCUGUGAUUCUGGUGAAGUCCAUGCUAAGGAAGCGCUCCUUCAGUAAUCCCUUCGAGUGUCCUGCCAGGCGAGCGGAGCGAUCCAUGUCUGCCCCCGGUGGUCUUCUUAUUGGUUCUUGGGGGCUGUUGGGGUCCUCGGCUCAGCUUCAUCCUUCUUUGAGGAACAUCAGCCAUGACGGCAGCAGAGACGGCGAGCUGGAGGACUUGUAUGAAGAUGACGCGUUCACAGAGUGCACAGAUGACACUGAUGCAUGAGGCUGUUGUUGGUUGUGUUAUUUUUUUGUACCCUAACAUGACCAUUGCCAUUGUUGCAUCUGUUACUCACAGUAGCAAAUACAAUUGGUGACACGGAGAAUCGCCAAUUACAGAAAUUCCACACUAAAGUCAGUCAAAGAAGGCAAUUAGAUCUAGUGAAGUAAGUGAUCAAUUAUUGGAUAUUUUAUGCAUUGUUAAAAAAAUUGUGUAAUGUGUAAAAAAAAAAAAAAAAAAUUUAAAAAGAUUUGUUUACAUUUUCCUACAAUAAUAAAAACGUAAUCUCAGCCAUG